AUGCCGCGCAGCAAGCCCGCUCCGGUUAAACGCCAGCGCGUCGAGCCGAGCGGCGACGCGGCGCUCUUUGCCGCGGCGCAGCGCGUGGUCGAGCAGCUCGAGGCGGAGGAGGUGGAGGCGUGGACGGCGUGCGCCGAGACCGCCUCGCGCCACGUCGACUUUGGCGCGGUCCCUGCCGCGGCGUUCGGGCUCGCCAAGGCGGUCGUGCCGGCGGAGGACCACGAGAUCUUUGUGAGGCUGCACGACACAAUCGUGGAGCGGCACCGCAAGACGAUGGCCGGGUGGGGGGGCGUCGACGACAGCUCGGGGCGGCAGCGGUGCUACGGUUACUUUCGGAACCCCGCCGCCGAGGCGCUGCACGCUCGCUCGCACAGCAUGCGCGAGCUCGCCGGCGGCCGUGCAGCGGAGGACCGCGAGGCCAACCGGCGCGCCUCCUCCCUGCUCGAGCCGGACGACCUGCCCGAGGGGCUCGACGCGGCGCUCGACCGGCUCUGCGCGUGCCUCGCGCCUCAGAUCGCGGCCGCGUCGCGGUCCGCGCUGUCGCCGGCGCGGCUGGUUGCGGCGCAGCCGAACUUGCACAACGGGCGGCGCUACCUGCGGCCGCACCUCGAUGAGCCGCUGCACGACGGCUUUGGCGUCGUCAUCGUCACCGUGGCGGUGCGAGGGUCCGCGACGGUGCUGCUUCAGACCGACGGCGCCGCGCGGCAGCGGCUGUGCUUUCGGCUCGAGAGCGGCGGCCGCGAGGCGUACGCGCUGUCGGGCGCGGCGCGCGACGCGUGCUUGCACGGCGUGCUGGCGGACGAGGGCGGCGAGCCACGUUGCUCGCUCAACUUGCGGUUCGGGCUGCACAGCCCCGGCAUGGAGGGCGAGUUCCCGGCGGGGCGGGUCGGGUACGGCGGCGCGGGAGAGGCGCUAGGAGAGGCGAAGUAGGGCCCCCGCGGCGCCCGCGCACGUGCGAGGCUAAAGAACCCACCUUUGAGGGCGCAAAAGGCUGCUCAAUCCGGGAUCGGCUGGCUUGGCCCGUCAUUCUUACGUAGCUGCGGUUACGGUGAUAAGAUACACACAUUC